AUGAUCAGCGACAGGAUCAAAUAUGCCAUGGAGCAUCUGACCCACAAACAGUACAUCUCGCUGUUGGCGCGGCCUAGCUGGAGGAGGACUCUAACGAAGAACAUUAACCUGAUAGCGGAUCCCUACACGACUCGUCGGGGAGCUUUAAGAGCGCGUGCAUCCAAGAGAAUCAAAGUGAUGGCACGGCCAAAAGACAGCCGUAUCGUCAAAAAAUAUGACCCAGAAAAAGCGCCACCGCCAUAUCCUCGAAUUCAUCCGAAAACGCUCGCCGCGAAACCGACGAAACGCAUCACUCACCUGGCGCUACCCAAAAAGAGAGUGCUGCUGACGAACAUGAAGCUGUACCCGAGUGGGAACCUGGCCGAGAUGCUAUGGAAAGCGCAGAAUUCGCGAUACCGAAGAUAUCGAUAUUUCUGCAACGCUAGGAUACAGCGUGAGAACAGAAAAAGGCGAAAAAUACUAGCGAGACUUCGUCGAGCGAUUAAGCCCGACGAGUGGGAUUAUCAUAUGGAGAUAAUGGAGAAGCUCGCCAAACCGAAGGUGCCGCCCAGACCGAGAAUGCCGAAAAGGAAAAAGUGGAAGCCGGUGAGCGUACGGAGGCUCGAGGAACUGUCGACUCCGGUAGCGAGGGAACUGCCGGAGGUCCGAGACCCGUUCACGGUGUCGCCGACUGCGCUUACCUACAAAGCGAGCAAGCGCAUCAUUAAGAUUGCGUUUGCAAAGACCGAACCCGACAUGCUGCGGCCGAAAAUUCCAGGCGUGGUUUCACCGUCGGCGUUGAAGGCCGUAGCUACGCCAAGACUAAUAGAGCUCGCGAAACCAGCCGAACGGCCUGCGGGAAUGGAAACAGACCUGAGGGAGGAUGCGUUCACAGUCUCGCCAACAGCACUGAAGGCCAAGUGCUCGAAGAGACUGAAGCUUUUAGCCAGGCCAAAGAGGAGGAGAUGA